AGCAGGCUUAGACUGGGCAAUCUAUCCUGAAUCCUAUAAUAAACUAAAAUGGCGGAGUACAAUCGGGAGCCUUGUCCCUUUCGCAUAGUCGAGGAUUGUGGUGGAGCCUUCGCAAUGGGCGCCUUGGGCGGAGGAGCCUUCCAGGCGAUAAAGGGGUUUCGAAACGCUCCCUCCGGCCUAAAACACCGAUUGAGCGGAGGACUUUCGGCGGUACGGGCUCGAUCCGGCCUGGUGGGCGGUAACUUUGCGGUAUGGGGCGCCACUUAUAGCGCCAUCGACUGUUCCCUGGUUCACUUCCGGAAGAAGGAGGACCCGUGGAACUCCAUAAUUAGUGGGGCAGUCACCGGGGGCAUUCUAGCUGCUCGAACUGGACUAACCUCCAUGCUCAGUAGUGCUUUGGUGGGCGGAGCUCUUCUGGCCCUUAUAGAGGGCGUGGGCAUUGCGGUGUCCCGUUACUCGGCGGAUUCCUACCGCCAGGUGUCGCCCGUCGAGCGGCAGGACUUUUAUAAGCAGGAGCUUUUACGGCAGCAAAAGGGCGUUUCUCCUUAUGAAGGGAUUGAUUCUUCGGCAUUGUAGAAUUCCUCGCUGCGUCAUCGCCUGGUCGUCGCUAGCCAUCCGCGAACGUGGAUCGACGAUUGCAUACCAAUUUAUAAAAGAUUGCUUUGAUUGUUCAAAUCUGAUACUGGCGGCAUUCCCAUUUCAAUUUAAAUUCAAUUGUCGUACAGUGCAAGUUUUAGAAUCAUUAAUAUAUUUUCCUU